AUGUCUAGCAAGCAAGAUCUCGUGCCCUACCCUUUCUCAUUCAACGACCAUGUGGCGGAGAAGCCCGGCGGGCCGGGCGAGCUAGCCGAGAAGGUUACUCUAACUCUCGAGAACGUCCGGGGCAGAAUCCCGUCAUACCAGGCAUCCAGACUCCGCACCAUGAUCCUCGAAGCCCACAACGACCCCGAAAAGAUCCUCGCCCACGCAUGCACGUACGACGGUCUCAGUUCACGUCUGGCAGAAGAGGCGGGAUUCCCCAUGGUUUUCGUCUCGGGGUAUGCUGUGGCCAGUUCUCACGGCCUGCCCGAUGCGGGCUACAUCGCCCUGGAGGACAUGUGCAAUAAGAUCAAGGAGAGUGCUCGCGUUGUCUCUGUCCCGAUCAUGGUUGACGGCGAUACGGGCUACGGAAGCCCUGUCAACGUCCGGAGGACAGUCGAUAGCUUUGCCCUUGCCGGUGCGGCUGGUGUCAUGAUCGAGGACCAGACGUGGCCGAAGCGCUGCGGGCACACCAAGGGCAAGUCGGUUGUCCCACGGGGCGAAGCCUAUGCGCGGAUCAAGGCAGCAUGUGAUGCGAGGAAUGAAGGCAAGGACAUCUUCAUCCUUGGCAGGACUGAUGCCCUUGUACACGGCUGGGACGAGGCCCUUGCUCGCGUGAGGGAGUUCAAGCGACUCGGCGUCGACGCCGUCUUUGUCGAAGCGCUCCCUGACCGAGCCGCCCUCGCCAGGGUCGUCAAGGAGGUCGAGAUGCCCAUCUUCGCCAACAUCAUCGAGGGCGGCAAGACGGAGAACCUGUCCGCCAAGGAGCUCGCGGCCCUCGGCUUCUGCGGCGUGGCCUACCCCAUUACGCUCGUCGCCGCCAAACUCGUCAGCAUCAGGAAGACACUCGAAGACCUCAAACGAAGCUUCAUCGAGGGCGCGCCGCCCGAGAUCAUGCCCUUCGGCGACGUCUGCCAGGGAGUCGGGUUCGGAAAGUACUGGGCGUUGGAGGAGAAGUACAAGCACGAUGACAACGGGUUGCUCAACGCACAGGAUGCAGUAAACGGCGCCAACGGAACCAACGGGGCGAAUGGGCGUUCUCAUUGA